AAACAAAUCGUCCAGACUACCGAGAGAAAAUUAAAGAUGGGCAGCUUCGCAACAUACAGUUCUCCCUUCGUCCCUUCCCUUCUCUUCUCCAUCCCCUUCUUCUUCCUAUUCCUAUUCUCCAAGUUCUUCACCUGCAUAUUUCUCGUUGCCGCCCAGCUCAAAUGGGCGUGGAACUUCCUCUUCCACCAGUCCCUCUUCCUGCACCGCGACGCCGUGUUCGGCCCGCCGCCGCUCAACACAGGGGAGAAGCUCGGCGUGAGGCCUUACAACUCGGCGGCGCGGCCCGGGGAGGAGGAGCUGGCGGCGGAGUGCGCCGUGUGCCUGUGCAGUAUCGAAGAAGGGGAGGAGAUAAAGGAGCUGAGGUGUGAGCAUAUGUUCCACAGCGAGUGCUUGGAUAGGUGGAUGGGUUACAGGAAUGCCACUUGUCCCUUGUGCAGGGACUCUCUGGUUCCCCGGAGAAUGGUGACGGAGCUGGGAGAGGAAGUGCUGGUGUUUAGGUUCUGCUCUUUUGGUUCCGGCGACCGGAGAACCAUGUGGUGGCUGCGGUAAAGCCGGCACUAAGCUGGCAGCAGGAAUUAAACAAUUGCUUUCUUUCCUUUCUUCUUUUUUUGUUUUUAUUUUCUGAAAUGACGACUAUGUAAAUAUUGGGUAUUCGUUAAAUUACGGUUUAUAUACCCUGUAAGGGAGAGAAAGGAAAAACAUGUAUAUUUCCCAGAAGGGAAAGAGCAUGUUCCUAAUCGUAGGCAUGCGAAAUCCCGAUUGGCAGUAUGCAUGGAUCACACGCGUCAUGCCGUCAAGUGCCUUCAAGAUUUCAACCGACACUAGUGGCCAUCAAAUGGUUUGUGCGACAUAAACCACUAGGGAAAGGUGAAAAUUUUGCUGGAGAAGACUUUGUCCAUGAUUAGAAGGACAAAGAGUAAUAGCGUACAUAUAUUCGUAAUGCACCAAGUUACUCUUAUUAUUUUGUUUCUCUAGUUAGUUUAGUGUUAUAAUUAUGUUGUCCAAUAGUUUCAACAAUUAUUAUUUCCUUCUCGUUUGAAACCA